AUGACGGAAGCAAAGUCUGCCGCUAAGCGCCAACCUAUUAAAAAGGGUGGCCGAGUUGGCAAUGAGGCACGAAAGGGUCACGACGUGAAGAUACGAACGUCAAAUGCACAUGCAAAUGUGGAUAAGGCCAUUGUCGCAUCGGCAACCACAACUUCCGUGGAUGCCAAACCUAAUAUGGCAAUCCCACAGGAAAAACCAGGUAUUACCACGGACUCCUUCAACAACCUUCUGUCAAACUUCACACAGGCUCUAUCAGCUUCGAAUGUGCAGACAAAUGCUGGAAACGGUUCGCAGGAACAGCUGUUGUGUGAAAUGGGCAAACUGUUCCUCUCAAGCAUGAUGACGUUUAACCAGAUCCUACAGAAUCAUGCAUCAUCAACGGCCACUGCAGCUGUUAACACAGUACCUGAAAAUGUCGCAGAACCAACUGAUGUGCCAUCAACCAGCACCGGAAAAUCCACAGUAAAUAAGGAUAAGGUUGCCCGCGGCGGCGGCACAUCUAAAACCAAACACAGGUCGGCGGCUAAGGAAGGGGCCACGAACUCCAUUCCACCAAGAGAUACUAAGGGAGGCCGAGGUAAAGCCGCCUCAAAAGGCACAGAGAAUAAUCAUAUCAUAGUUGCAGACGAUGAUGUGGUUGAGACAAGCCCCGCGCCCACCAAUCGUAGACAAGCAAAGAAGAAUGAAACUGAAGGACAGAAAGGUAACGCUUCACGCGAAAAAUCAUCGGGGUCGAUGGUACUACCCAAAUCUGUACCUUCGAAGAAACGUGAUGACGUCACAACCCCUGGUGAUAUAAAUAGUCAAUGGAUAUUGGGUAAGCAUGACAAAGUAUCCGGUAAAAAGGAUGAUUUAACUGUUAAGACGUUACUCCCAGAUGCAGCAACGGCAGUUAAAAUCGUCGGUAAACAUGCAACACGUGCUACUGAUAUCAAUCAGCACCCUGUUUUGGUAACACAACGUGAAGACACCAAUUCAGAUCGUUCACCCACAGAUGCUACACAUUCUGAGCUGGGUAGCACAACAGAUGCGAAUUCUGUGAAACCUGAUUUCAGUACUGCAACUACACCCAACAAUGUACUAGAAGCAGAGGAAAUGGCAUACCUUGGUGGUCUAGCAUCUGCAGAGGAACAAUUGAAUUUCAGCAUAUACCGCUUUGUAGACAGCUGUACUAAUGUCAGCAUUAAUGAUGGCAAUGAGGUUGCCAGUGUUGACAAACUUGGCGAGUGGUUAGGCACACACUCAGAGCGCAUCGAGCGAAUCGCGGAUAAGCGAGCUCCGGCCGAAAUUGCUGAUGAUGUUCCACAUUCACCCGGCGUUGUACUUGGCAGCCCAAUCGAGCUUUUGCGUGCAGCUUUCAUGGGCGACCUUGAGUUGCUAAAGUCUCAAAAGAAUGUCGACGUCAAUCAUGUUGACGAAGUGGGUCGCAGCGCACUGCACUAUGCUAGUGCUGCAGGGGCUGAAAAGUGUGUGGAAUACCUUUUGGCCAGCGGUGUUAAUGUGAAUUUGGCGGAUAAAAAAGGAUGGACAGCUAUUCACAUUGCUGUCUCAAAGAAUUAUGCCGAUGUGGCACGCGUACUUAUAGAUGGAGGUGCAGAUAUAUUCGCCCUGUUGAAGCAUAAAUGUGCUCCAGCGCGAUUAAUGGACGUAUAUUCCCCAGCGAUACAUUUCGCAGCGAUCAAGGGUAAUAUCGAGAUCACGGAACUGUUGUUGGCACAGGGUGCAACCGUCAACGAUGUAGACUCUGCCAACAUGACACCACUACAUUAUGCAGCGUUCAGACCUAACACGGAUUAUGUGCGUUUCCUACUUGAAAAGGGUGCUGUGGUUGACGUACGUGAUGUGAAUGGUCGUUCUCCAUUCCAUGCAUCGGCAUUAUCGGGAAUGGUUGAGAACGCACGUCUAAUGGUCGAAAAGCAUCCGUUUUUGAACGAAGAAGAUGUGUGGUCACUUACACCGUACAAAUUGGCAGAGCUCAGAAACCAUUCCGAUUUCUGUAAAUAUCUCAAAGAGACGCUACACAUCUUCGAGGAAGAUGUCGAUGAUAUUAAUCGCGUAUUAGCAUCGACAAUCGCGGUGGCAUUGCAAGAACCGAAUGCGGAUCAGAUAUACCGUUGUGUAACGCGUAUAGGUCCAGAACUGUCUAAGACUGUGUUCGACCUUACAAUGCAAAUCGAACGUAAUGGAGGUGUGUUAACAGCAGACGGAUCGCGUAAGCGUACCAGUGGUGGUAUUUUCUUCACCUGUCUACGCGAGUUAUAUCUUAACGAUAUCAUUUCCAAGGACGACUACAAUUAUAUACGAGCCGCAGAAAAUGAAAAACGUAUCGCCAAGGCGAAAGAACGUCGUAACAAACUCAAAGCACUAUUCACACACGCUGUAUGUGAUGUCUCGGAGUACGAAUCGCGUUAUGUUACGCGUCUCCAGUCCCUGCCGGCAGACGAACGAUAUGAAGAACCACUACGCCGGUUAGCUUUUGGUAGUUGCCAAAAGCUUGACUUUGGUGAUAACCGUAUAUUUCCGGUAAUAAAUGAACAUAGUCCUGAUUUGUUUUUAUACACCGGUGAUAUUGUCUACCCAAAGUAUGGUUGUUGCACACCUAACUGCAUCCAAUUGGAAUAUGAUUACGUGAAAUCACAUCCUGUGUACAAGUCAUUUGUAUCACAACUACGCCGCUUGGACGGUGUCUAUGAUGAUCAUGAUUUCGGAAUAAAUGAUGGGCAUGAUAACUACCCGUAUAAACGGGAAUCACAACAGCUGUUACUUGACUUUUUAGAUAAGCCAAAGGAUCAUUAUAGGCGUAAACGUGAGGGAGCUUAUUUUUCAGCGGAAUAUGUAGAUCCCGCUAAUCCCAAGCACCGCGUAAAAGUAAUUGUACUUGAUGUACGGUACCACCGUGGGUGCUUCUACUAUUGUACAUGCCAGAGAUGCUCUUGGAAGAACCUGUAUAUGUACAACUUCUUCUUCAGGCGGCUUGUAAACUAUUACCUAGGAUUGGGAUGUAACCAUCCUGGGGACGUCCUAGGUGAGGAACAGUGGAAAUGGCUGGAGGGACAGUUGCAUGAAUCAUCCGCGGAGUCACAUGUAAUUGUUUCCUCUAUGCAGGUUUUUACACGCUACCCUAUAGCUGAAAGCUGGGGACUUUUGCCAGAGGCAAAAGAUAGGUUGGUGAAUUUACUAUUAGCAACGAAGCCUAAGAACACUAUUUUCGUAUCAGGGGAUGUUCACUGGGGAGAGCUCAUAGACGGUGAUGGUAUCAUCGAACUAACUGCAAGUAGUUUAACACAUUCAUUUCUCUUGGAGUAUCCAUCAUUAAAAUUGUUCAUGUCAGUAGUCGCAUCAUGGUGGGAUAAAUUGACUUACGGCUACAACAAUUUUGGUAUCAUCGACUUUGAAGUUGAUGAUAAAAAUGGUAAUUUAACUCAAGAUGUUAAACUAUUGGAUGAGAUGGGUAAGGUGGUAUUUCGGCAUUUUAACGACGGAACGAGUGAUCCGCUGGAGCCUUAUCGUGAUGUAGAGCACAAGCCGUCGACACUUUUAAAUGACACGCGGAUUGUAAAAUGCAUGAAAACGAAAACGAAAGGCGUUAUACUACUAAUGGCGUUUUAUCUCUUCGGCGUAUUUUUAAGCGUGCUCAUGGCACGCGCAGCCCUGGCGUUGACCGCUUACGAGAAAGAGUAUCGUACACAACUACGUAGUCUUCCUCCUGAUGAAAUCGUUGAAGAAACUCUAAGUAAGCUGGCCUUCGGAAGUUGCCAGAAACUUGAUCUUAAUCCAAGCCAUAUUUUUAAUUCUAUCAAGCGAUAUGCUCCUGAUAUGUUCCUUUAUACAGGCGACAUUGUCUAUGCGCCUAAUGGAUGUUGCGAACCGCACUGUCUGAAGACACAAUAUGAUGCGAUGAAAAGAUCCCCGGUGUACCAGGGUUUUGCAAGUUCUAUCAAACACAUCGAUGGCAUAUAUGACGACCAUGAUUUUGGUAUGUUGAAGUACAUUGUGGUCAUCAUUCACUCAGGUGUUAAUGACGGGCAUUCAACAUAUGAAUACCGUGAUUAUAGUCAGAAAUAUCUUUUGGAUUUUUUUGACAAACCUGCCGAUCACUAUCGUCGCAAACGCAAAGGAGCAUAUUUCUCCUUGUUGUUCGAAGAUCCUUCGCAGCCGAAGCGGAGAGUCAAGCUCAUUGUUCUAGAUGUAAGAUAUCAUCGCGAAUGCUAUUACUACUGUGUAUGUGGUAUAUGUAAAUGGGCGAAGGUACAUACAAAUAGGUUUAUCUUCAUGAGGUCAAUGAACUUCCUAUUCGGGUUCGGCUGCAACCACCCAGCUGAUACUUUGGGUGAAGAACAAUGGAAAUGGCUAGAAGGUCAGCUACACAAAUCAACAGCUGAAGCCCAUGUGAUCGUAUCAUCUAUGCAGAUAUUCACCAGGUACCCAAUUACUGAAAGCUGGGGACUAUUGCCAGUGGCUAAGGAUAGGCUAGUUCAGUUGCUCAUGGCAACAAAGCCUAAAAACCCAAUAUUCAUUUCAGGGGAUGUACAUUAUGGCGAGGUUGAUGUAAAGGAUGGAGUGGUUGAAAUAACCUCCAGCAGCCUUACACAUUCGUUCCUAGAGGGUGCUAAAUCACGUUAUCGCCCACUAGCUAUGACCAUCUACUUCACUAAGCCUACCGCUUAUAUGUUCAACAACUUCGGCGGGCUGGAGUUCGAGUAUGAUGCUAAACAUGACGCGUUGAAAUGGUCGGCCAAACUGUUCGACGUGAAUGGAAAAUUUGUUGAUGGAUUCUCAAACGAUGUAACACGUGACCCUCGAGAGCCAUACAGAAAUAUCGACGCCAAGAAAGAUACGUUCUUUAAAAACACACGUAUUGUCAAGUGUAGAGGACCACUUUGGCGCAUUACUCUGGGUUAUAUCAUCCUUUGUUUGCUGUCAUGGAUGGUGCUGAUACCCUAUGUCGCUUUAAGCGCCCUUUACAGGGCCUUAUUCUUCUCUCGUAAGGAGAAACAAAUUUGA